ACAAGAGAGAAGAGAAAGACGGCCGCCACUAGAAGCCAUCCUCAUAAUCUCUCCCUGGCCGGCUCUCACUCUGUUCUUCUUCUUCUUCUUCUCUUCUUUUAAAACCACCCUUCAUUGGACUGAAUUCAUUCAUUCUCUCUCUUUUCUCACUUCAAUCUAUUAAUGGGGAAGAUCACGCAGAAAAACACAACAAACCCAACAACAACAAAGGUGAAGAGGACUCGGAAAAGUGUGCCCAGAGACUCUCCUCCCCGUCGCAGCUCCAUUUACAGAGGAGUCACAAGGCAUCGAUGGACCGGUCGUUAUGAAGCUCAUUUAUGGGAUAAGAAUUGCUGGAAUGAAUCACAGAGCAAGAAAGGAAGACAAGUAUAUCUUGGUGCCUAUAAUGAUGAAGAAGCAGCUGCCCGUUCUUAUGACUUGGCAGCAUUGAAGUACUGGGGACAGGACACUAUCCUCAAUUUUCCUUCAUCAAACUAUGAAGACGAGCUCAAAGAGAUGGAAGGUCAGUCCAAGGAAGAAUACAUUGGAUCUUUGAGGAGAAAGAGCAGCGGAUUUUCUCGAGGGGUUUCAAAAUAUAGAGGCGUAGCAAGGCAUCACCAUAAUGGGAGAUGGGAAGCUCGCAUUGGGAGAGUUUUUGGGAACAAGUAUCUCUACCUUGGAACAUAUGCCACCCAAGAAGAAGCGGCCACGGCAUAUGACAUGGCAGCGAUCGAGUACCGGGGACCUAACGCCGUCACAAACUUUGACCUGAGCCGUUACAUUAAAUGGUUACGCCCCACUAAACCUAACACCGACGGCCACCAAGAGUCCACUAACGGAGACGUUAAUCCGGCCUCAAAACCUCAAGACGAUGGGAUCGGUUUUAACCUCUUGCCCCUCCAUCAAAACCCGAAUUCUCCCAAAACAACCCUACAGCUUCCAUCAAGACCUACCGGCGGUGGCUCCGCCUCGUCGGCGCUAGGCCUUCUAUUGCAGUCGUCGAAAUACAAGGAAAUGCUUGAGAAGACAUCGGCGCCUGACUCCCCAUCAACACCCCAGGAUUCCGGCCAGCCACGCCGUUGCUUCCCUGAGGACAUUCAGACCUACUUUGAUUGUCACGAUUCCGGCAACUACACCGACGGUGGUGACGACAUUUUUCUGGGUGAUUUAAUGAAUUCGUUUUCUUCGCCCAUUUUUCGCUUUGAACUUGAUGCAUAGAGAAUAUGAUGAAAAGAGACAUUUGAAAUUCUUUUUCUUGUCGUUUACAUUACUUUUCUUUCUCUGAAAUUUUGAAGGAGAAGAAAGCUGGCUAAUUUUUAUUGGUUUAUGACUAUUAUUAUUAUUAUUAUUAUUUCUAUUCACAUGUAAAUUUAGUUGGAUAGAGGCAUUUGUUCAUCAAAAUAUUUCUCUUAAUAAGAAAUUUUAU